AUGAUGGCGGCAAGACAUGUAUUGGCAAUAUUUGCUUUGGCAGGGAUGUUUGUUCUGUCGAUGCAAUAUCCAGCCUAUGAAGAGAAAGAUCGUGCAGAGAAGAUGGCGUUUCUCAGGGACUACAUAAAGUACCUUCAAAUGCGUGAUCAGGUAAUUACUGAUUAUAUGUUAUGAACUUGUAUAUGUUAGGAACAGUUGUCAAAUAGCCUGGUAUAGAAAAAUUUAAUUACGCAUGAUAUUUCCUUGAUCUAACAUGUUUCCUUGUCACCUUAGGGCCAGGCCGCGCUUACAAUAUAACGCGCUACGACUAGCAUUCCCUUAAAAUUCACUGUUAGCUAGACUGGUCUUAAAAAUUGCUAAUAUCCAGGGCCGUAGCUAGACGCUAUAAUUGGGGAGGUGUAUAUUCAUACAUUCAUGUUCACAUACCGUAAAAACAAUUGCUUUCAAAAGAAAUCAGUCAGGCAGAACACGAAUAUAUGAAUAUGCACCCCCUCCCCCCCUCCCCCCCUCCCCCCCCCAAUUAUCGGUUUAGCUACGGCGCCUGCUAAUAUUAUCAUCAUUUGUGUAGAAGUUGUAAUAUUUUUUGGGGUUCUUGCAUAUAUAUAAUACUAUUUUUGAAUUUGUAAUAUCUUUAUAUAUAGCUGUUAUCUAAAUUAAAGGGGGCACAAUAAUUCGCUUGCACUGUUGCGAGAGUUCCCUGCUACGUUAUUUUUCAGCUUAUAUAGCAUAAUACAGAAACAGUAGAUAUUUGUACAUAUUAAAAUAAAUAACAUCCUUUGAGAAAUCCUUCACUGUCAAGUGGGACCUAUAUCGACAUAUUGUGUAGUAUCGAGCCAACAGUGGUUUUGGGCUGACAAUCUAUUAUUAGAUUCUGCAUGAAUUGACCUUUAUCACAUAAGAUUUGAUAAUCGGAAAAGAGAAGGUAUAAGAUUUGAUGAAAGAGAAGGUAUAAGAUUUGAUGAAAGAGAAGGUAUAAGAUUUAAAAAGAUAAUUUCAAAGUUAGUAAGUACAGAAAAUUUGCAGGCGGAAUUGUGAUGGUGGCACUUGCGCUAUAGUUUCAAAAAUUAGAACAUGUAUAGUAGGGAUUUGCAUGGGAUCGAGGCUUGAGAAAUAUGCAUGCCCAUUCAAUGCGAAAUUCCCAUCAGUCCCUAUUAAAUAUUCUGCAUAACGUUUUCACAAAUUUUGCCGAAUUUGAAGCUUAGCGAACAUUUUCGAACUGUGCAAUUUUUGUAUACACCCAUUAUAACGGAAUGGCUUGCCGCUGUAGCUACGAUACAUUUUCCGCAGCGUUAUAGUGUAAACACGGCCUUAGACUUAGUAUUUAGUCAUGCAUGCACCACUGACCGGACUUGCUCUAUCACUAGGAGCAUUGAUAACUCUAGCUAUGUAGUUCCUCUUAAUUCUAAGCUAUAAUACAUUCCUAAAUGUAGACGUUCCUAAGUGAUUGAGCUAUAGGACUGUGUCAACUAUUUACAGUGACCUAGCUGGUGCAUUUUGGCACAGGGCUUUAAUUUUUAAAAACAGGAAUAAUUUCCAGAUCGGUGAAAUACUUGAUCUUCGCCUUUUUUAUUGCUUCUAUAAAUGAUUAAUAUUCAUAUUGUAUGAACUUUCUCCAUGGUGUAUAUCUGUGUUCCUUCCUCAUGGCCUACCUAUACUAGCCUCGGUUAAUUUUAUAUUACAGAAGGGUUUCUUAUAAGGGGUUCUUAUAUUCUCAGAAGGGUUUCGACGUACGGGAGGGACAAUAUCAGGGGGAGGCAGGAAGACUUUUCCCCCAUUGUGCCCGGCUUACUGAGAAACAUUUUCCGUGUAAACUUUCCAAAAAUUGUUGUCGACGGAGGGGGGAGGUCGACGAAAAACGCUUUCCUAUUUGUCCAAAUUCCACGUUACUUUUACAUAUUUCUGGCAUUUUCAAAUACUAUAUUGCACAUGUCUUCUUUUUAAAUUGAAGUUAUUUCCCCCAAUUUUUGCCCUCGACUUACGUUUAUAAUUUGGCCAACUUCAUUCUGCCCCCUCCCCUCCCGCCCCGUACGCCUAUGCUUUCGACAUGUACCCGAUAACAAUGGAGGGGGGUUCCUAAAGGGGAUUAUAUUGCAGGGAAAUUUUCUCCUGGGAACCAUAUUGAUCGAAUAUGGUGGUCAUACACCAGCCGGCGAAGCAUGCCUGGGUGUGAUCUCGGAUAACUGAACAUUUGUUUUCACCCAGUAUACCUGGGUGUUAUACCAGUUAGGAAACUAAUUAAACUAACGGCAACAGCGGUUCAAACUUAUAAGAGUCUUAAUCUUAAGAGUCUUUUCGUUAAUGGAAGUUAAUGUCCUGCACGUUUAAUUUAGCGCAAUAAAAACAUUAUAAUACCGCUUAAGGUGGCUACCUACACUUUUUAAGAAAUGGAAGAUUUUCUGAUUUGGAUACGAAUUUCUGGACAAUAACUAUUUGUUAAAAAACAAAUGGUAUCUGACUUGAAUAAAACAAUAACUAAGGAGUUCGGAGUUUUAAAAAUUUACUCCUAACAGCCGUUCCUAUGACAACGUUUCAAUUGGCGGAUAUUUUUGGUUAAAAGCAAUUUAAUUCGAAAAUAAGGUCAGUGACCCCAAUUUUUUAUUUUAUACCGUGAUUUCUUUCAGUAUGUUGAAUCAUUUUCGAGAUUAAUUUUAAAAACCAUGCCAAAAUUUUUCAAGUUCGGAAAAUCACUAAAUCAGUAAUCAUCGUAACGAUUUUUUUUCGCACGACAGGCAAUGAUUCAAAAUACAAUGAUUCAAUACUAAACGAAUUAUUUUUAUGAAAUAAAAAAUGGGGUAACCGACCUUAUUUUCAAGUUAAAUAACUUUAAAUCCAAAAUAUCGGCUAUGUUAAAGCGUCAGUGUUGCUAUAGCAACGGGAGUUGCGAUUCAUUUUUUUCGAAAAAAUCUAAAUCUGUAGUUAUUGAACUUUCUUUUUCUUCUAAACAUAUAGGAAUUGUUGAAAAAUUGCGCCUAAAUCGUAGAUCUUCCAUUUUCUAGUAAACUGUAGGGAACCACCUUAAACAUGUUUUCCAACGGUCCAUUUAAGUUAUUGAUCCAACGUAAUCGUCUUCAACUUGGCUUCAACUUAUCAGUCAAAUAUCAAGGUUUUUUCCGACGCAUUUUUGCAGCACGAAAAUGUAGUGAAACGCGGAUGUAUUCAAUUGGGUGAAUUUGGAUGUGAAGGCAAUAACGCCAACUGCUGCCGUAGUGGAGGAAAGUACACAGGAACUAUGAGAAGAUGUGUUAAUGUUGGACUUUCCUUCAGUGCACCGUAAGUUAUACGAUGGCUAAUUUAUGGGAAUUAUUAAUUAACGAAUUGUUAUAGUCUGCACGUAUAACGCGUUUGUAUUCAGUGCCGUGCCGACUCGGGGUUUGUGGGGGUGUAACACCCCAAAAGAAAAGUCACGGAAGGGGGCCAAUUUCCCCGGAGGUGGCCCCCAAAUACUGGAGUUGCGGUACGUGUUAAAUAUAAGGAAUAUUGUGAAAAAUUGAGGUCGAAAUAAUUCUGAAAAACGUAAUUUUAACCCCCUUUUAUGGAAAAGGGUUUGGAGGAAAAUUUUUUUGAACCUUUUAUAUCGGCAGGAAAGCUAUCCCCAUUUUUUUUGGGGGGGGAGAAAGGAAGGUGGACAAAACUUCAUGCAGAAUUCCCCCCCCCCCAAAAAAAAGAAAAAAAACAACAAAAAAAACUAACCAAAAAACAAAAAACAAAACCCAUAGACAUAUUGCUCGUCCCUGCAUGCAUGUUUCGAUCUGUCGAGAUGGACAAAUGAUUGGGUCAUUUGGGUGUGCACUUUCGUAGAAAAUUACCAUGUUAAAGUGCACUUUAAAAUAAUUUUCCUUAUGAGACGAGUUGAAUGAUACAUUACAUUGAAGAUUUUCAGAGACGAAAAUAAAAAUUCUUUCGUAUGCACUUUAAACUCUGUGAAGCAUGUUUUCCACUUCAACACCGUUACGUACCGUUCCUUUUACUCUUGUGUCAGGUUGUCAUUAGCGAUGUCUUGUAAUUUAGAGAUAGCUUACUUGAUACAGGAUUUUACCUAACGCCUGUAGAGGUUCUAUUUAUACCUAUCUCUGAAUAUUGGGGCAAUAUAAGGGUGUUCACAAAACAAAAAAUCUACGCUUCGUUUUAGUGUUUAGUGUUUAGUGUUACAUUAAACAGUUGAGAUAGAAAUUAGGCUUUGACGAUAUUUUACUGAUGUUACAGCUCUCACUCAUUGUAGAGUUAGGAGUUUGCUAUACUGAAGUAAUUUUUCAAAUCCGACUUUCAAGUCCGCGCAAUUUGAUCAAGUCCGAGGCGAAGCCGAGGACUAUGUCAAAAUCAUAGAUAUCUUAUAUACACUAGAUAGUGCAUCUAAUUAUUAUGCAAUUCAAGAAUUGAAGCCGUGAUUGCAGUCUCAAGUCGUUCCCAUGAAAUGGGAAGACUCGUAUGUUUUGAUUUGUUUUCCAUUUCUUAAACAGGGAACUUAAACAUUAAGUUAAACCUAUUCCAAAUACAUUUUCAAAUUAUUCAAAUGAUGAAAGUUGUUGUUGUUUUUAAGCGUUUAUUAGCAAGUGGGAACGACCAACAUGGCCGCCAUCUAUUCAAAUGGGGGUAACCGCUGGAAUAUUCUUGGCUUCAAUUUUACUAAAAGAGAUGCGCUAUCUAGUGUAUAUAAGAUAUCUAUGGUCAAAAUGCGAGGACUUGAAAUCUGGUCCAGUCCGAAUUGGAGGAUUUGAAAUGACAUCUCAUACGAAUAAAUCACUACUUAAAGUGAUAGGGCCGGCCAGGGGUUUUGGGAGACGGGUAUCUUGGGCUUUUUUUAGGUAUAUGGUAUCGGGACAGUUGAUUACACGGGUAUUUGGUAUCUUGUCGAGACUUUAAUUUUGAGUAUUUAGUAUCAGAUCCGGUCAAAUUGUUUUCAAAUUUGGAAUUUUUUAGCCCUGAUCACCCGAUAUGCCAGCUGCAUCAGUGGCGUAGCCAGGGGGGUGCGACCGCCCGUCCAAUCGCCACAAAAACCAUUCUCUCGAAAAGGUUAAAUCCGUAGAGAAAUUGGGGGAGGGUGUACACAUAAUAUGCAUAAAGCUGAAACAGACUAAGUACGUCUCGACUGAGGAAAACGACAAUAUACUGGAGGAAUUCGAUUUGUAAAAUCUCGUUAGAGCAGUCCGUGUAGAUAUCAUGAUAUGUUCCAAGAAGAAUGGAUUUAGUUUACAUUUUUAACUGUUAAAUACAUUACAUGCAUUACACGAAUAUUUCUUCUCAUACUUAUUCAAUCUGUGUCGUAUCAAAAAGCAACGCAAUUUCAAGAAUGCAGAAAUGGUGUCUCAUAGAACCUAGAAUUUAAAUGCAACAUAUAUUUCUGAUCAAAAUCACAUUGAGAUUUUCUCCCCCCAGCAUCACAGAGGGUAAAUAAGGUGACACUGACCCCUUCUCCUGUUUUCAAGGUGACUUUUCCAAUAUAUUUAAUUCCGAGGAGAAAUUGUCUGGGAAAAUUCAUGUCUUCGAUGUGCUUUAUAACCUUCGGAAUUCUGCAAGAUGCUUGAAAAAACCUCAAAAAUGCCGCAUUUCAGGGAUAGAUUUCUCUAGAUUUCAAAAUUUUCCCGGUGAAUGCACCCGGAUCCCUAGACGUCCUCACGCAUUCAGCGUUCGCUUGCCCCCCCCCCCUCUCAAAAAAAUGAAGGUCUGGCUACUCCACUGCGAUGCAUUGCGCAGUAUUACGCUGAUUCUGCUUAUUGUAAAGCGUUUAAAUCUUUCCAUUAUUUUCAAGAAAAGUUUAUAUUUCAUUAAAUUUGAAGGAAAUAUAAAGGGAAAUCUCUAAAAUCUGAUAUUCUCCAGGCAAUUUUCCAAGAAUAGUGGAAAUGUGGAAGCACAGUAGUGCUGCAAAUGCAAUUACAUAAGCCACCUAGCUGGCCAUGAUUAGCCACUUUUGUCUGGCUGUCACUUUUAAUUUACUUCAAUGUUACUUACUGCAAUUGCAAAAAAAGUAAAUUUUAGAUAUUUAGUAUUUCAAUAGUUUCGAAUUUUUAGGUAUUUAGUAUCUGGAUCUCUUCCAAAUUUGGGUAUAUUGGUAUCUGACCAAACAUAUACCGGGUAUUUCGGCCUGAAGUGAGGUGAUUUGAUUUCGAUCCAGUUUAGGACUGGAUCAAUAUACUUCAUUAGGUAUCCAGUAUUAUCAUGUGAGCAAAAUAAAGUAAUAUGGCUGGUUAAUUUAGUCAGGAGUUAUAAAUGUGUUUGAGAUUAAAUCCAUACAGAUAAGCCUGGUUCACACGAUGAAAUAAGUAUAAGCAUAAGCAAGCGGAACCUUUGAUGUGCAUAAGCAUAAACAUAAGAACAAAUGUUACGUUCUUCUUAUGCUUACGUUUAUGCACAUCAAAGCUUCCGCUGCUUGUACUUAUGCUUAUUUCAUCUUGUGAUCCAGGCAUAGUGUUUGUGGUGACAGUUAACUAGAGUGACACACUGGUCAUAUUCAGCAAAUUUUCUCCCAGUACCGCAGGUUCGCAUUUUCAGCGGACUUGUGCUGAAAAAUUGAAACUUUUGCAUUUUGCACUAUUUUGCACAGAACAACAGAAAAACUGUCCACUUUCUGUAAGAUGUCCGCUGACAAUACGAGCCCGCAGGAGUGGGAGAACUUUUGCUAAAUUUGACCAACGUGUGAAAUAAUUAGAUAAUCAUGUAAUCUGCUACCUUGUGUACGUUUCCAAUAUAUAUUUUCUCGUUUUUUAGGGAAUACCAAUGCCAGGAAAAUUAA